AAGGUCUGAUGUGUAGGACGCCAGCAGGAACUACAAGCUUAUAGGAGGAUGUAAACACAGUGAAAGGCAUGAGAACAAGUGAGUGCGCGCGCGUUUACGAAAAAAUAGUUCAAGUGACCCAUUCGGAACAUCGAAACGACUGUAUAAAUCAGUCAUUCCAGGAGACUAAAGCAGCGAUUUGUGAAGCAAAAAGUUUGCGACGACUACCUCACGAGGAAGAUUCACAGCUCGCGACGUAACUUCUGUAAAUCGCGGAAGUUUGUCAGGAAUGUAGAGUUAAGGUCAUACUUUAGAAAUAUCCGUCGUUUAUGAAUUCGGCAUGUUUACAGAUGGACUGUUCUCAAUGGCUGCGUUCACGUAGCUAUUGUUUGGAACUGAUAUUAUUUAAUAACACAUUUAAAAGAGUUUGUUUAUUGCAGUCGCGAAUGGAAUGUACGUAGCCAGGUAAGCUGCAGCAAUUGCUGUUGUCAACGCAAUAGCCUGAAUGACCGCAUGACAGAUGGGUUUCAUUUUAAUUUCGCUUUCGUCCCUUCUAUGUUGUUAACACUUUUUAAACCCAAACCGCUUGUUUAGUAGGCUACACCAUUUCGUCGAACACACACAAAAAGUUACUACAUUCUCAAGAAUAUGACUCCCAUUCAGUAGUAAACAGUAAGAGGUAGAAAUAAAAUAAUAAGCUGAAAGAUGAAUUUUAAGAAGUAUUUAAGAGGCAGUGGGAGGGUCCUGGCGUUUGUGUUUAUUGCGUCCGUAAUUUGGCUCAUCUUUGAUAUCGUAGCACUUCGAAUAUCCUUCAGUGAUGUGAAUCAAGACUUUAAAGUGAGAGAAAUUAUUCUAAAACAAAGGAGACAAGACUACGCAGAUGAUUUGAUCAAAUAUCCACUGCAAAAAGCAAACUUGCACAAGAGAAAGUCUCUUAAAAACAGGCUUGAAAGGAAAGUGGAUGAGGUUUACAGAAAAUGGCCAAAGCCAGAAAGCCAAAAUCCACUACAUGGAUUGGCAAGCAAAUCUUUUGUAGAACAAAAGAAGGAAAUUAAUAAAAAUAAGAGGAGUACCAGCACUCCUGAAAAACCAACUGAGACAAAAACUAUUUUUAAUGUCAAAGUGAGCAAUUUAACUGCAAGGAUCAAUAAAAUAAACACUGUUUUUAAUCGUCAGACAGAAGUAAAGCUGAAUGUUAAUGCACAUCAAUUUUCAAAAGCACUGGCUGCUGUCCAACAGAAAGUUUAUCCUGACAACACUUCAGUUUUGUCACAUUAUGAAAUAAAUGUAGAUGUGGGUUUACAAAAAAACUUGAGUAAUGAUUUGCUGAAACCAGCAGAGACUGAUAAACGGGAAAACAUUACUGACAGUAGAAAAAAACAUGCCGGUACUUUCAGGAAAACAACAUCAGAUAUUACUCGAAAACCAAGUAAAUCGACAGCUCAAGACACAGCAGUAGAGGCGUUACGGGUGCUGCCCUCUACAAGCGUAAAGAGAUCAGGUGGGCAUCACAAAGUCAAACUCCUAGAUGUGACAGACCGGCCUAGAGAUCCGAAUGCUGUGGGACAGUUUGGACAGCCUGCAAGAGUUCCCAAGGAUGAAGAACUGGAAAGUCGAAGACGCUGGAGUGAAGGAUAUUUUAAUGUAUUCCUGAGUGAACAGAUACCAAUUGAUAGAGCCAUCCCAGACACCAGACCCCAAACAUGUUCAGAAAGCCUCGUUCAUGAUGACCUGCCCAGCACCAGUGUGAUCUUCUGCUUUGUGGAUGAGGUUUGGUCUACUCUGCUGCGCUCGGUACACAGUGUGCUCAAUAGGUCUCCUCCACAGCUGCUGAAGGAGAUCAUUCUCGUGGAUGACUGCAGCACCAAAGACUACCUGAAAGAACAGUUGGAUGUUUAUAUGUCUCAGUUCCCUAAAGUACGAAUCAUUCAUCUGAAAGAGCGACAAGGCCUCAUCAGAGCCAGAAUGGCAGGAGCCGCUGCCGCUACAGGUGAAGUGCUGACUUUCCUGGACUCUCACAUUGAGAGUAACGUAGGAUGGCUCGAGCCACUGUUAGAAAGAAUUUACCUGGACCGCAAAAAAGUGGCCUGUCCUGUUAUUGAUGUUAUCAAUGAUAAAGACAUGAGUUACAUGCUUGUGGAUAACUUCCAAAGAGGCAUUUUCAAGUGGCCGCUUGUUUUUGGCUGGAGUGCCCUAUCUGAGGAAUAUAUUCAAAAGAACCAGAUUAAGGAUUCAGAUCCCAUCAGGUGUCCUGUUAUGGCGGGGGGUCUGUUCUCUAUUGAUAAGAGCUAUUUCUACGAGUUGGGGGCAUAUGACCCAGGCCUGGAUGUCUGGGGUGGAGAAAACAUGGAAAUCUCUUUCAAGAUCUGGAUGUGUGGUGGUGAGAUUGAAAUAAUCCCCUGCUCUCGCGUUGGCCACAUCUUCCGCAGCGAUAACCCUUACAAGUUUACGAAAGACCGUGUAAAGACAGUGGAGAGAAACUUAGCCAGAGUUGCAGAGGUGUGGCUGGAUGAAUAUAAAGAGGUCUUUUACGGUCAUGGCUAUCAGCACCUACUGGAUAAAAAUGUGAUCGAUAUAGGGAAUCUGACAGAACAGAUUCAAUUGAGAGAAAAACUCAAGUGUAAAAGCUUUAAAUGGUACUUGGAAAAUGUCUAUCCAGAUCUGGACACCCCUCUGGUCAAAGCUGAAGGACUGAUUUUCAAUGUUGGAACCAGAAAAUGUUUGACAUUUCAAAACGAAAGCUUCUCUUUAGCUAAAUGUGAUCUCACAAAUAAGAGUCAACAUUUUACCUACACCUGGUUAAGGUUGCUUCGACAGAACACUUCCUGUUUGGCUCCUCAGGAAACCCAGCUAACCAUGGAACCAUGUGACAACACUAAGCCACAUCUUCGCUGGAUUCACAAGUCUGGUAAAGCUUUGACGGAGCACGUGAUGGCAGAGGUUCAUUCUCAACCCAUUUGUCUGGAAGCUGGAAUUAAGGCUGAUGGUGUCUUCCUUAAAGGCUGUGAUCGCUUCAGUGCUUUUCAGAAAUGGCAGUUUACACAUUACAAUGAAUGAGGGAAUAUUUUUAAAUGUGCUUUGAGGAAAUGUUUUUGGACCUCUUCAUGUCUAGUUAUUUUGUGCAAUGCAAAUGGAGUGUUGCUGUUUACUUCCGUCAUUGUGAAUUAUAAAUGUUUGGGGAGACCAUCAGGAAUUCCACUCGCUUUUUUCAAAUGUUGGUUAAUGAUAUUUAAGGGUUUAUGUGAGAUAUGGGUUAUGGGAUAUGGUUUACAAUUACUGUACAAACAUUUUGCACAACCAGGAACAUUUGAAAGUACCCUCAUGAUGAUUUUCAAAAUAAAGUUCUAAAAGUUUCUACACACUGUCAAA